AACUUUAUUGUAAAUUUGAUUUUUUUCUCCAUGUUUAUUGGGACACCCUGUACCAGAGAUAAAACUACAAGAUAGAUAAAUGUUCGAAUUUGUUUAAUUUUAGUUUCUUCUUGAACUGGUCAGCUAAACAACUCUUAAAUAGAAACUCAUUAAAGAGACUGUUGUUUUGAUUUGAAUGUGAUCCUCCAUUUAAAAGAGCCAUGUCCGAUUCACAACAGUAACCCUUUAUCUGUUCGAUAAUGUGAAAAAUAUACUGACGAUUUUUUAGCAUAAAAGGUGUUUUAUUCUGGUAAAUUCCUUAAUUGCUUUACAGGUCACUUUUAGAGAGAAACCACAAAUGAAAAUAAUAAGACAGUGCUUCUAAGUGUACUGUUGUGAAUCAGAAACGCCAAUAAAUGGAUCGUCAAAUAAUAUUACGUCUUUAAACCCUUUAAAUUACAAUUGUACUUUUAUAAUUUAUAGAGAACUGUUUUAUCUUCUAGAUAGACUCAAGAUCCCCCCCUCCCCCUUAAACUAUGGAGAAAUAUCAUCAUGUGGUCAUAGGUGCUGGAAUUAACGGAUCCUGUACUGCCUUCCAGCUUGCUAAAAGAGGAACUAAAGUUCUACUGUUAGAAAAGUUUCUGCUUCCCCAUAGUAGAGGAAGCUCUCACGGACAAAGCAGAGGAAUCAGAAAAGCAUAUCCUGAUCCCUUCUUUACAGCACUCAUGGAAGAAGCGUAUAAAGAAUGGGAAGACAUAGAAAAGAAAACAGGAGUUAAACUUAUCAAGAAAACAGGUCUUCUUUGUUUUGCGGAGAAUAAAAAUAUUAAGUUCAUCAACGACACCAUCGACAGCUUUAAAAAGGUUCCGGGUGCUCAGAAUACAGUGUACAACUCUAAACAACUCAGGGAGAAAUUUCCAUGUGUCAGGUUAGGAAAAUCUGCCUUGGGUUGCUAUGAUCCCUCUGGAGGUGUUAUUUUUGCAGAUAAAGCUCUAAAAUGCAUUCAGGAUCUUUGUAAAGAAUAUGGAGUUGUUAUAAAAGAUGGAGAGGAUGUGGAAGAUAUUAAACAUAAUUCUAAUUCAGUUCACAUCUCAACAACUUCAGGUUCAAGGUUUACUGCACAGAGCUGUGUUAUUUGCCCAGGUCCGUGGGGAGGUCCCUUGUUAGCUAAACUAGGAUACCAGGUGCCCCUGAAACCUGUAAAGAUCCCUGUAUACUAUUGAGAAGCCCCUGAUUUCCUUCC